CAUGGCUGCCCUGUGAGUGAGGUCCUCGUCCUCCUCCGUCUCAUCUGCAGCGAUGAGCUGGUCCCUUCCACCUGCUUCUUCUGUGCCAAAACACGCCUAGCCUCUACAUCAUAGGCAGCAGCAUGGAUAGCAAGGACUACGACCUGAUCCGAAACCAGACUCUGCUCUUUUUCCUGGACCAUCUGAUGACGAAGGGACAAUCUCGGACUCUGCACGACUUGAGCUGUCAAUUCGGGACGAAGGGCUUCACCCGGGAGAUGAGACAGAUCGCCGGCGGCUCACAGGCAGGCCUGCGAAAGUUUCUUUCCCAGUAUCCAUCACUUUUCACCCUCGACGGGGAUAACGUGUCUGUGACGUGUUACGUGAAUGGCGUGGUGAAUGCCAACGACCCGGCUGCGAAAUACCGUGGUAAACGAGAUUACGUGACGGAAGCAGUGGAUUAUUUCAAGGGGAAGUUACGGCAGUAUGGCCCCGAGACAGAAGUUCCCAUCAAAACCUUGCUGGGCCAUCGUUCCCAGGCAUCACCUGAGAUCCGCCACAUAUCAGGUCAACACAUGAAAGAGUUCAAGGAUUUCCUCGCCAGGUAUUCCGAAGUCUUCGUCGUGAAGGAGGACACCGUGAUACUGAGAAAAGAGGCGCUGGAAGUCCCAACCCUCCAUAGCCUGGAAACGGUAGAAAUCGACCCCGCGUUCACCAAGCAGAUCCUCGACACCCUCCACGACGAACUCGCCGCCAACGGCCCGACAGUAGUCGAGCAUCUUCUCGUCGUGCUCGAAGAGCGUCUCCCCCACGAGACCCUAUCGAAGACGUUCAAGACCCCGCAAGACGUGGAGACCUUCCUCCGCAUGCACACUGACGUCUUCCACCUCCAGUCCCACAUGGUGUUCCUCGCCCGGAAGCCGACGGCGACCGUCGAGUCCCCGCGGAAGAAGCCGGUCCGAUCGCCCCCGCAGAUCGAGUCGCCUCUACCGAUUUCGCCUUCGAAACAGAAGCCUUUGGAGCAGCAGUCUUUCAAGCAGCGUUUCAGCUCUGUUCUGAUGAAGACUCUGUCGGAGAACGCGUGCUCGGCGACCCCCCGCCGCCCCCUCUACAACUGUGAUCCCAACGCCUCCCACAUCGGUGAUGCCUCUGUGAUGAAAGCCCUCAAGUCCCUGAAAGUCAUCGUCUGCGUGAAAGACUGCCGAGCCGCCGUGGACGAGCUGAAGAGCCUGGACCCCUGCGUCGUGUCUCUGGACGGGGAAGGCAUCAAUCUAGGUCCCAACGGCCCCAUCACUCUUCUCCAGAUCGGGACUCCCAACGGGCAGAUCUUCAUUUUUGACGUCAUGGUCUGCCCCGAGAUGAUGACCGAGGGAAACCUGGCAAUCAUCCUCGAAUCAGAAGACAUCGUCAAGGUGAUGCACGAUUGCCGGAACGACAGUGCCGCACUUCACUGGCAGUUUGGGAUUUCCCUGAGGAACGUCUUCGAUACGCAGGCAGCUCAUGCUGUGAUUCAGCAGCAGGAAACGGGACGACCUGUGUUCAAGGUGAAGAGCGUCGGACUGAACACCCUCUGCAAGUUAUACGAUGCCCCCAUGAAUCCCCGGAAGGAGCAGCUCAAGUCCCUUUACAGACGAGACCAGAGGUACUGGGCCAGGAGGCCACUAAGCGAUGACAUGCUCAUGUAUGCUGCCUUUGAUGUUUUGGCUCUUGUUCCUCUCGUCUACACCAAGAUGAACCAGUUGUUAUGGGAGGAUUCCAUGGAGCUGUUCAUGGAUCUGUGCCAAGAGCAGGUUGAGCAUUUCAUCAGCAAGGAAGAUGUGAAAGUGAAGAAGAAGCAGAGGAAGAUCGAGGUGGAGGUGGCAGAACUGAAGGAGAAGCUCGCGUCCGUGCCCGAGGGCAAGACCGUCGUGCUCAGCAAUCGGGAGAUUCGCUUAUUGAGGUACAUUGAAUUGAGUGACUCUGAGCGCGAGAAGUUGGAGGGAUCUCAGAAGGUGCUCAAGAAGUUGGAACGGCUGCAAGGGAAGAACGAAAGGGAAGUGUGGAGUCCAGAAGAUGGUUUAGAAGAAGAAUUCCCAAGUCUUGACAGUGCUUGCACAGAAAGCACUUCUCCAGACUCUUCCCUUGCUAGCUCAACAGGUGGUGUUCUUUCUCCUACUCACAUGGAAUCUGGAAGUUUGACAGAAUCCAUGCAACUGGUUGAUCAGAUUCUGUCAAAUGGAAAAAUACCUCGAUUCGACAAGAUCGACCGAAUUGAAGCCAUUCUUGCUGCAGCCACUGCUGGAACUCAACUAUCUCCUUUCCCUCAUCAGAGGGAAUAUCCACCACAAGCUUCAUUUAGCCCAAACAUGACACUUGAGCAAGCAACUUGUGAAGAUUUGAAGGCCUUCGAGAGAAGGCUGACAGAAGUCAUUGCUUGCAUGCAACCAGCAGCAAUGAGAUGGAGAAUUGUGUUGGCCAUCAUUCUAUCAUGCCUGGUUUGGGGAGCAUGGUGGUGGUUGACAGACCCCAAAAGCAUUGAACUUGGAUUCUGGGAAUCCCUUAGGCAUCACCUCUUCUUCACCUCAGCUUGCAUAGUCACAUUGAUACUCUUUCUCAUGGGGAUUCAUAAACGAGUUGUUGCACCAUCACUCAUCUGCAAUCGUAUUCGACAAGUGCUGGAAGAUUUCAACAUGCAUUGUGAUGACAAUGGAAAGUUGAUCUUGAAGCCCCGUCCAGUGCCGUUUGGACCGUUAAGGUAA